GAGUUUCAGCUGUUUCUGUACAGGCUGCUCUUGCUUCAGGAGCACAGAUCAGCGCCCGGGUGAUCAGCCCGUGUUUUGGUAAACUGAGUAAAUGAUGCUCCUCUAAAGGUCUGGUUUAGCCCGUUCCUAUCCCUGAGCCUUCAGGAGCGAUUUGAUGGCGGCGUUUUCCCGUCGGGGUUUGCCGGUGCCGGCAGGAGCGGUGUGAGCUCAGCUCCUGUCCGUGCUCACGGAGCAGCGGCCGCGCACCGCGGGUUCGCUUCGGGCCGAAGAGGAUCCGGGAGCGGGGCUGUGUCCUGGCACGGGGCAUCCUCUGUACUGCGUGUCAGAGAGAAGCUGAGAGGCGCAGUCUGCUGGCUGAUGGCUUAGAAAGUGUUCGUUCGAGAGAAUGUGAAGAAAAGUUGGAGCUUUUUUCCAAAGACUAGAAACUCAUGAAAAUCCCAGGAAAUCAAACUGUUUGUUUUAGUGAAGGAGGAGGAUGUUUGAUACAAACCCCAGUGAUUUAUUUUAUAACCUCCUCUCAGGUUUUUCACAAGAUGCGGUUAAAUCUGCAGGGAGAUGUUUGAAAGUGAAAAUGAAGCUUGGGAAUAUCUAUUUGCCUUUACUCUCUUCUUUUGUUCAUUAAGCAUUUCCUUAGGUACUCAAAUGUUUCUCAGCACCUUUCUUAAAGACAUAAUUGGAAGUAUCUUUUUUAAACAUAUAUACUUAGAUCUUGAGAAACUAAGCUUUUCCUUUUAAUCUAGUCCGGGAGUUGGACUUCUGUGAUCCUCAGGGGGCUCUUUCAGCUCAGGAUUUUCUGUGGCUAAUCCAAUGUACGUUGAUUUAACAUUGCUUUUAUUUUUAGGAUAAACUGAAAAGCUCAGGGCAACUGAUCUUCAAGAGCCCUGAUGCUCUCAUCUGGGGUGGAGUCUCUCCUUGAUUCUUCUGUGUCUGCUGUAACAGAGGAGUUGUUCCCUGGACUGCCAGAGAGCAUCUCCACGGAACUCAUGGCAGUGCCGGGGCCCAGCCUUGGCUUAGAUGCACAGUCUGAUCAAUCUGAUGGGCCAGUACCUGUGCUGGCACACAGGGAUGGGCCAUGGACUUCUGCUGUAGGGAACUUCUGCCAGAAGACAGAGGAUUUGGGUGAUAUGCUCCAGGUGAUUUCUCAUGGGCCAGGAGAAUCCUUUCCUGAAGGAUUACUGCAGGCUGGAGACCUUGCAGAGAAAGAAAAAAGCAGAAAAAGACACUUUAGGAAACUAGACUGCUCUAGUGAUGGAUACCAGAAGGAAGAUGAAGAGGCACAAGCUGCUGAGGAGCAUCCUGCUGAAUGUUGUCCUUCAACUCUGGAGGAAAGGUGGUCAGAACAAGAAGACCCUCACUUAAACAAGCAAGGGGCAAAGUCUUUGAGAACCUGUUGCACUGAAAUUGCUGGAUCUCUGAGGAACACAGAAGAAAACCAAGCAAAUGUUCAGGUGACAACUGAAACUCUGCCAAAGCUCACUGAAGAAGUACAAGGUAUGAAGGCUGAUAAGACUAGGAUAUUUAGUAAAGCAGGAUACAGGAAUGCCAGAGUGAGUAAAGGUCUUCCACCUGAGAGCACUCAAUACCCAGAUGUAGACACAGUCAUGGCCAGAGCUGGGGUUUCAGAAACCAACAUCUUAGGUUUUUUAGAGCCUUUUAAAGUCAUGGACAUUGGAGCAGCUGCAGAUCAUCCACGAGAAACAAGUGACUAUAGUGGGUUAAAAGCCCAUGCUGCCAUGCCAUUGAGAGCAGGGGGGAGUGGUGUAUCUGGUUUGGAGAUUAGAGAAGAAAAGUUACCCAGACGAAAUCCUCUUAAUGAAUUCAGCACGUCAUUUGCUAAUUGCCAGACUUGUCAGCAGGAUGAAGAAAAUAACUUCUUUAAGGGUCCUGUACCCGAACAAAAUGAACCUCAUGAGUUGUUCUCAGCAGAAAGCUGCAGAACACUCUCCACACAAAGUUCUGAAGUUUUAUGUCCAGUUCUGAAAAGCAUCUGUUAUCUGGACUUUGGAAAUAUGCCACUAGAAAGCAGUUCUGCAGUUCAUGGAAUUAGCAACAAAACUCCCCCGAAGUACCUUCCCCAGAACAUCAAACAUCACACUCUUUACGAUCGUGGAACUGGGUUUUUAGAAAACCAAACCUCCACAUCUCUACCAGUAGAGCAGAUCUCAGUGGUAAGGAACAAAGGAUUAUCUAGUGCAAAAACUGAUCCUAGGGAAUUAAGUGCUACUCUUGGAAAAUCAUACAGCUCUGAAUCUGAAGAGGCUGCUGAAGUCUGUAGAAGAAUUGCUGUGGGGGAUAACAUUGAAAUUUGUAGCUGGCAUGAAGCUCAAGAGGCUGCUAAUUCUGAGCAUUGUCAUUCUCCAGCUUUUAGUUCUGUUGCUUCAUCUUCUGAGGAGGUCUCAAAAGAAAAAUUUAAAAUAUUCCCAUCAGAAGGUGAUAAGUUGAAAAAGGACUGGUGGCAAUUCUCUGUCAGUCACCCAUGCAAGAAGGAUAUAAAAGAAAAUCGUUUGUGGGUGGAAACAAGUAACAUUGCUUCCCAUGAAACUGGGCAGACAGACAUACGCUUUUAUAGUACUGCCAGUAAAAUUCCUCUCAGUAACCACAAUUGUCUUGAUCUUAGAACCAAGCUAGAAAAGGACUCACUCAAGGCACAACUGUUUGAAAAGGAAUCUGAGAGCAAUACAAGGUCAGAAGAGUUGGCUGAUGGUUUAGCUGGAGCUGCAGGAGCUGCUAGUAGCAACAGCUUAUCCACUGGGAACAAAACACUAAAUGUAACUCUACCUCCUGUUUUACAAAAAUCAAGAGAACCUCAUUAUGAUGAGUGUCUUCCUUGUACUGCUAAUGAAGUUUCAUGCAGGGAUAAGGCUUGGGAUAGUCUGUCUAGAAAAAAAUUAAUUGGUGCUUCUGGAGCAACAGCAGAACAAGUUGCUGAAGUUUUGCUUCAUAAAGACAAAUUCAAGUCUUCUGUAAAUUCCAUGACUUUUGAUAACCCUAAAACAACAAGCAGAGUAUCCCAAAUGAACAUAAAACCUUCUGCAGGAAAUACGGGGAGAGUGGUCACUGGUUUAGAAAAUGAACAUUGUCACAGAAGGAUUUGUAAUAAUCAGAGUAUAAAGAAACAGGGUACAGCUGCCAGUACUUCCUGUGUUUUAUCAGGGAGUACAUGUGUGGAUGAAGUUUUCCUGAACAGUCAUUCUUUUGGUGUUGAAGUUGGUAAGAUUGAAGAAAAUGAUAAUUUGAAAGGAGAGUCUUUAUCAGGAUAUAACAGUAAAGAGGCAAUCAUCUUUCCAGAAGCACAUGCCCCUUUGGCAUGGGGAUCUCCUCUUUGUGAAAAUGACUGGGACAACAGAGGUAUAGCUCUGCGUGGAAUAAAUGACAUUCCUACAGGAAAAACCAUGUAUUGCUCUGCAUAUACUGCAGAGAAGUCAACUGCUACCUUGGCAAAAGAUGAGAUUUCAAAUAAGGAUAGGGAGGUUGUGGAACAAUUUGAUCUUUGUAAAGUGAUGGGCAGUGAAAUUGUUUGUGACAGACAUGAAGCAAAAGAACAGACUGGCAUGCGUGCUUCCCAGACAGAUGAAUUUGAUAAAACAAGAGCUGUGGAUUCCCCAAAUGCUCCUGAAGGCAAGCAGAGAAAUAAGACUAGUGAACAGCCAUUAGUCAGAUAUUUGAACAAAAACACCUGUGCUCAUAAUUUUGGAUUUUACAACUCUCUGUUAGGCCCAUGGAAGAGAGAACUCGGCACAUGUGAGCAGGAAGAAAUGCCAUUGCUCACAGCUGGUCCCUCUGAGUGUAGCACUUCAACCUGGGACCCACACCCAGCACUUGCCAAUGUGAACAGUCCAACACAACACGCUGGCCAAACAGAGGAGACCCUUUGUCCAAAGGGAAAUCAGUUUCAUCCCUGCCAGAGAGAGUGUGAUGUCCCAGUGCUGGCCAGUGAGCAACAUUCAGAAAGUUUAACCAACCAACCAAACACUGGCUUACAAACCAUGGGUGGUUCUGUGGGAACAGAUGAAACUGAUCCUAAUCACAGUGAAGAGGUUCUGCUAAAAACAGGUGGUGACCUGCCUCUGUCAGACCAUAAAUUUGCAAGAGAAGCCAGGUUUGAAGGAGCUCUGCAAGAGAAUAUAAUGGGUUUGGACUCUUUAAUUGGUGUGAAAAAUGAAGAUUCUUCAGGAUACGUGGACUCCAUCAGUGACCUAAUUGAAGAGAAGACAAUCAGACUACAACAACGUGAGAAUAGAUGUAAAAGAACCAAUAAAGGAACUCUUAAAGAAAACUUUUCUGAUGACAAACCACAUUGUUCACAGCAGGCUUGUUUUAUCAAAUGUGCAAAAGAGAAAGAAAAGCUGGUGUUUGCGGGAACCAAAACGCAGCAAUCUUGGCCAAAGAUGAAGUGGUUGGUGGAGAACCAGGAAAACAAAAUUAGUGCUCAAUUUCUGCCCAUUUCAUCAAUUCAUGGGAGUCUUUCACACAAGCCAGAAAAUAAGAAUGUGCUUUCAGAUACAGAAAACAGAGAAAGUCUGAGUAUAAAUCCUAUCUUAAAUAACUCUCACCCACAGUUAACUUUUGAGCCUGGUAAAGAAACUGAUUCUCAAAGGGGCGUUGGUCCGUCUCAUUUUGAAAAGUUUGACACCCAAGAAUCUUGUGUUGAGGCUCAGGCAGAUUCAGAAACUGUGUCAGCUCUGAACUCUCACAUCUCUCUACCUGAGAAAGAAAAGCUGUGGAUGUCACCUGAGAGUACACAAAGAGAUAAUUGUGAUUCAUCUUCAGCUGAAGUUUUUAGCCAAGAUACUUCCAUGACAAAAAUUCUUUCUGUAACGAUUUCCGUUAAGAAAAAAUCCAGCAAUAUUGAGGUUCCAUCUUCAGGGAAUGAAUCAGCAGCUGGUUCUCUGUAUGGUGCCAAAAGCUCAAGAGUUUGUGCCCACAGCAAAGAAAGGCUGAGAGGCGAGGGGAUUUGCACACCAACCAUGAAAGACGUGGACAUGAGCUCACCAAAAAGUUCUCCUGGUGAAGAGAAAUUUAAUACCUGUGUAGAAGAGAAGAUAGGAAAAGAGGAAGCCCCCAGAGGAAGGUUGCCCAAAGAUUGUUCAUGGGCCUUGUUGGAAGAUUCUCGAGAGUCUGGUAGCAAAAUAGUCCCCCUCAGGACUGAGAAUUAUGGAAAGGUUUUUGAUGAAAUCCCAAGAUCUAAACUAAAUAAUCUUUCAAAAGAAAAAGAAAGACGAAAUGACACAAAGCUCCCAAACUUAGCAGGUAGCAGUGUACUUUCAGAAACUCUGCAUGAUUGUCAGGCUGGAGCUGUAUCUGACACAGGGGCUGCCCCAGAAGUGCAGGAUGAUACAACGCCCACAUUUUCUCCACCUCUGAGCCCACUAUCAGACAUUUGCAAAGAACCAUCCCCAAGCUGUGUGGUUUGCAGUGAAACGUGUGUGCCUUACAAGUUAAAUGCACGAAACAAAGAUAAUGUAAAGGAGGUAACAGAAGGCCAGGACAAAAUACUAACUCAUGUAGUUUGCAAGGAAAAUGGGGCUUUAGGUUCAGAGAGACUUGAUCAAAUACAGGAAUGUCAAGUAUUUAAACAAAGGAAGUAUGGAAAGAUGGAAGCACAUCAGUUGGGCACGGCACAACAAGAAUGGAAGUUAGAACAUCAGGAGAAAGCAAAAAUCAUAUUGCAACCAAGUGUGUUGCACAGUUCUGAACUCCUAUGCAGCUCCUCAGCUGAGUUGAUGACAUCUACAAAUACAAAGUUUGGAGGCACUUCAGAGGAGAUUUGUGCUGUAAGAGCCAGUGAAAGUAAACUAUGUAGCACUUUACAAGAAGUUAAAAGGCCAAAGAUUACCACAGAUUUUAUUAGUUCGCAGUGUUUGAAGACUCAGGAUUCAGAAAUGGAAAACCUGAACCUUAAUUUAGGGUAUGAUGGGAUCCCUGGUGCCUUUGAAACUACAAAUAAACGAAGAGGAACUACAAAGAAACUAAGAGGACCUCUUCCAUUAAAAAUACAACCUGAAAGGACAUGCAAAAAAGUUCCCACGUUGUAUCAGCGAAAAACCGUAAGAAAAAUCAGAAAAAUUAGAAGUUCACCUUUCUCUGAGAUUCCCCUGGAAAUAUUCCCUAAACAGGAAAACACGCUUCUGGAGUCUUUGUACUUGCCAUGUAAGCCACCGACAGUGGAAAAGGAAACAGCCCUGAGAUUUGUGCAUAUGCCAAGGCAGAGGGCCAAGAGGUGCAGUUUGUUGAACAGCUUGAAAUCUAGAAAAUGUACCAAAGAACCAGCAUUGUUGAGCAAGUUGUCUGCAGUGGCCAGUAAGCUCCUGGCCCCUGCCAAAAGCAGCCAUAACUUAGAACCUCUGCCAUAUUUUUCUGAAAUUCUUCCGGUGGGUGACAGGUACAGCCAAUGUAGAUCUAAAAAUCUCUUGGAAGCCUUUUCUUGCAUUAACAGGAACGUACACUCACGCUGGGCUGGCAGCUGGUGCACCAAGAUGUUCAGCUUUCAGCCUUUGGCACUUUAUCCUGCAGAAACUACCAAAAUACCUUCUUCAGACUUAAGCCACAAGCCUCCAACCUCUUUCUUGGACACCUCAGUUUUCCCAAUUUCUCUUCAAGUAAAAUUGGACUCCAGUCCUGUGACAGACCUCAGAGGGAUUACAUCCCAGCACUCUGCACAUCACAGCCCAGCUUUCAGAGAAACGCCAGCACCAGCUUCAAAGUGGACUUUUUCUUUUCUCCUGUCUCAGAGCUGUUCAGAUACAACAGCUUUCAAGGAAGAUUCCAGUGUAAAUAAUGAGCUUCAUUCCUCUCACUCCACAUCAACCCCCAGGACUGUUGCUGUUCAUCCUGACCCUGGAAGAAACGCUGUAGCUGGAAGAAGAGGAGGCUGUUCCAUGCUUGGCCUUCACACAGUGUUAGCACUUUCUUCCUCUGGAUGUUACAGGAUUUGGACAAGAAGAAGAAACUUAACCAGUCAUAUUCCUACCAUCCAGAGACUCUUUAUAUCACAGUUGGCACAGGGUUUGAAAGGGGCCAGGUACCCAAGGUGUGUAUCCGGUGACCUCGUCUCCUCAUUGCCAUACUCCUUGGGCAGGGUAUUGUCCAUAUGGAGCCAGCAUGGUCCUACUGCCCGUCCUUCUGAAACCACUCCUCUCCAUUCCAAUCACUGCAAGUGGCAGCCAAGUGUGGGCUUCGAGAACAGCUGUGCCAUGUUACCACACUUACCUGUGCAGAGUAUGGGAGCACUGCAGACCUCAGGCCAUGCCAUACGUCUGGAAGCUUCAUUCCCUGUUCUGUUACCAAAGCCUUGUGCAGUUCCAGAGACAUUGCCAUCUCCUCCCAGGCUUUCAGCAUCUGAGCUCCAGAUCCCUGCCCUUGAUGAAGCAGAUGCUUCUGUUCCAGCCUGUCUGAGAUCCCAAGAUGACACAGAACUGAAAAAAACUGAGGCAGAAAAGAGGCCAAAGAAAGUCUCACAGAUCCGAAUCAGGAAAACUGUUCCUAAGCCAGACCCUAACCUUACUCCAAUGGGACUACCCAAACCAAAAAGGCUUAAGAAGAAAGAAUUUAGUUUAGAAGAAAUUUACACAAACAAGAACUAUAAGUCCCCUCCUCCUGCCAGGAGCUUGGAAACAAUCUUUGAGGAGCCCAAGGAGAAAAAUGGACACUUGAUCUCUGUCAGCCAGCAAAAGAGAAAGCGGAUUCUAGAGUUUCAGGACUUUACUCUUCCUCGGAAAAGGAAGACACGAGGCAAAAUCAAAGCAGUGGGUAGUUUCACCCGAGCAAAAAGAGCUGCACUGCAGAGUGCAGAGUUAGAUGUUCUUCUGAGUCAGAAGCUAAUGGACCUUGAAGCGUUUUUUGCAGAGGAGGUUGAGCAGGAGCAGGCCUCCAGCAUCUGAGGGAGCCGCUUAGCUGGAAAUGGUCCAGUCAGCUUCUUUAGUAUUUUCUUCUUGGGAGAAAUCCACUGACUUCUUCAUACCUUACUCUGCCACUCCGUUCUAACAUCUGAUAAUCAGUUUUUGGCUGUGACCCUCUUUAAGGUGCUAUUUUUUUUUUUUUUACUUGCUGUUGGAGGGAUUCUUUUAAGUCCCCAUUUGAGUGUAACACAGCCACGUGAAAUUUACCCUUCCUUUCUCAACCUCUGGAAAUUACUGCUUAUAUUUAAUUAAUUAUGUUUAAAUAUCUUUUGGGGGUAGAGUAGGAGUGUCAAGGAGGAAGUAGUGCACCUUCAGUGAUGCUAGAACUCUGUACUCCAGAUGGUUUGCACAUUUGAGUCUACUGUUGUUACUGUAAUGGCUGUUUUUAACAAGCUGAUAAAAGAGAUAUGGUGUUUGAUAAAGAAAAAUUCUAGGAAACACAUUCUUGAUAUACCACUAACCUUUUGAUAAUUAAAAGUAGCUGUCUAGGUUUUUAUUCAAUUGUUCCUUCCUUCUGUUAACUUAGAAGGUUCCUUCUGUGUUUCUUUGCCCUUCCUGGCUCCAGGCAGCAGAAACCCCACAUAAUUAGACUUUAAAUAACUUGCACUUUGUAUAUGUUUCUUUUAACAUGAUUCAACUAAAAAAAGGUAAUGUAUUAAGGAAAAAUGGUGCCCAGUGCUAUUUUUUCCCAAACUGCAGAAUUUUUUUACUUAUUUGGCUGAUGCCAACCUCUUUUCCAGAGGAGUAAGUAAUUGGUCCAUGAGGAUGUUAAGCUGCAGGAUAUAUAGGCAGAGAUUUUUAACUGAGCUGAGCUGCUGCAUGCAGGGAACACCAGCAAAAUCUUUGAUACGUGUUUUAAAGUUAUUUUAAUUCCAUUCAUACUAACUUGAUUUUAAUGUUAACAAGAAGGGUUUUUUUUUUACCAUUUUAGAUUUACAAUUCCUGUAGCUCAUAAUUAGAUAUUCUCUGUACAGCACUCUUGUACAUAAUAGCCAGUGUUGUACAAAGAGCCUCUGAGUAUCUGGACAUUGUUUUCAUUAUGUAAGGCCAUAUGUAAUUAUCUGAUGCAACACUGGGCAAUUUCUUAGCUCUACCUUUGGAAGAGAGCUCCCUUCUGGCAUAACUUCUGUUAAACUUAACUUGAAGCAGAAUUCCAGUGCUAGCUGCAGUUCAGGUAAUUUCUGUCCCUUAGUGCCUAGAGAAGUUAUUCAGGCAAAGCUGUCCUUGCUGGGCUGCUCAAAUUUAAUUAGUUUGUUCUUUCUUUCACUUGUCACUUGAACUUGCACUUUCUUAUUUACCUACCCAUAUAAUAGAGUUUCUAUUUACCUUCAAAUUGAGCAAAUAUCUAGUGGGUGG